UUAACAAGCAAAAAACAUUCUUCACAAUGGCUUCUCUGUCUCUACCCAAAUUAUCUUUCUUUCUUUUAGUGAUAACUUUCGCAUAUUUCUCUUCUCCCUCAGCUGCCCAAACAAAAUGUAACAUCAGAUCAGUUUACCAACUCGGUGACUCACUCGCUGAUGCCGGAAAUGUCAUCCGUACACCCGGCGCUUCCAUUAUAUUCCGAGCCAACCAAGCUCCGUACGGUGAAACCUUCUUUAGAAGACCUACCGGCCGUUUCUCAAACGGCCGUAUUAUUAUCGAUUACAUUUCCUCUGCUUUCAAACUCUCCUUCCUCAAUGCUUACUUGGACAGACGUGCUUCUUUUAGCCAAGGCGUUAACUUUGCCGUGGCUGGUGCCACGGCGCUAAAUUCCUCUUUCUGGGCAGCUCGGGGUAUUCGGCUGCCCACAUGGAAUACGCCGUUGGCUGCUCAAUUAGGUUGGUUUAAAUCUCAUCUACAAUCCACAUGUGGUUCUAAUUGUGCACAAACUCUUAGGAGUUCGUCUCUUAUAGUAAUGGGAGAAUGGGGUGGCAAUGAUUAUUACAAUGGGUUUUUCCAAAAGAAGCAAUUACCUGAGGUCCGUACUUACGUUCCUUUUGUUGUUGCCGGUAUUAUGAAAAGCAUCAAAGAUGUGAUUCAGCUUGGGGCAACUCGUAUUUUGGUUCCAGGAAUUUAUCCACUGGGGUGUCUUCCUUUGUAUUUGACAUCUUUUCCUGAUUCUAAUGAAAAUGGUUACGACCAAUUGGGUUGCUUGAGAAAUUAUAAUGAUUUUGCUUCGUACCAUAAUAGAUACCUGACCAGAGGUUUGGCAUCUCUACAACGUGAAUUUCCGAAUGUUAGGAUUGUCUAUGGAGAUUAUUACGGAGCGCUUUUGACUCUUCUUCGUAGUGCUUCUUCGUUUGGAUUUAAUCAGAAUACGUUGUUAAGUGCGUGCUGCGGAACUGGAGGACGAUACAACUUUAAUUUCAGGACUGUGUGUGGAUCAGCUAGUGUAAGAGCUUGUUCUAACCCGGCUCAAUACGUGCAUUGGGAUGGUAUUCAUUUGACAGAUGAAGCUCAUCGUCAUAUGACAGACAUUGUUGUCAAAGACAUGCUUUCCAGAUUCGGGUGUACCGUUUAGUUAAUGAGUUUCAAGAUUCUCUUAAUUUGUUAUUUGGGUGUUUUUCUUUUUCUUUUUGGUUGGUAAUAAUGAUUUUCUUAGUUGGGUAUUUGGGUGUUUAGAACAUGAUGAUAUAUGUCACACCCUAUCUGUUCUUUCUUCUUCAUAAAGUAGUCGAAAAGAAAAUAAAUUAAAGAGUGAUGGUUGUUUGCAAAUAUAUAGUUAAAUUGAAAACUAAACCAAGAUUAAUUAGUAUUCC